CAUCUCUGUAUACGACAUGCACUGGUUAUUGUUUUCUCUUCAAUAGCUCUGACUCUGCUGCUAAAAUCCUGCUCUUUGACUCGGAUAUAUGUGCACAAUGAUUGGAAUUGUACUUUGACUGGUCAGGACUCAGGACUAGUCUGAACAUUAACACGUGCAUGGAACGCGACACUGACGCGCUUCUGGCAAUGACGUAACGGGAAAUCAAGCGCUACCCUUUAGCACUGUACUCUCUAUCUCUCUCUCUUCGUUACUUCCAUGCUACGAUACGUCCACGCCUUGACUCUUUUCUCUUUUAUUUCAGUCUCUUUCGCUGCCUCUGCCGACCAGUGGCAGGACAGGUCCAUCUACCAGCUCUUGACAGAUCGCUUCGCCGUCAGAAACAAUGCCGGGGCCCCUUGCAAUACCACAGCUCGAACACUGUGCGGCGGUUCUUGGAUAGGCAUCACGGAGCAUCUCGACUACAUUCAAAAUAUGGGUUUCGACGCCAUCUGGAUAUCGCCCGUCGUAGAGAACAUUGAUGACAAAAACCCCUACGGAGAGGCAUACCAUGGCUACUGGACCAAGAAUAUUUCAAACUUGAAUCCUCACUUUGGUAAGCCGGACGACUUGAAGACCCUUAGUUCCGCUGUACAUGCUCGCGGCAUGUAUAUCAUGGUGGACGUGGUCGUCAAUCACUUUGCAGGCGUUCCUUUUCAUCCGGAAGCAAAUAUCUCGAGCAUCGAUGAUUUCAACCUCUCCGGCCUCUCGCCCUUUUCUUCACCUUCGGAAUUUCAUCCAUUCUGCUGGAUCCAAGACUACAGUAAUCAAACUCAGACAGAGCAAUGUUGGUUGGGCGACAAUAAUCUUGCAUUGAUCGACCUCGACACCGAAAAUCCCAAUGUUGUUACCACGAUGAAUACCUGGAUCUCCUCACUAGUCAAGGACUACAACAUCGAUGGCAUCCGCAUUGAUACCGUCAGGCACGUUCGAAAGGACUUUUGGCCUGACUUCGUCAAAGCGGCUGGAGUAUUUUCAAUCGGAGAGAUCUACGAUAGGAACGUGAGCUUCGUAAAAGAUUACACCGAGGUCAUGGACAGUGUUCUCGACUACCCCACAUACUUUGCCCUCACCGCCGCGUUUUCGUCGACACAAGGCAGCCUUUCAGAACUCUUGGAUGUUGCAACUGCAUCUCAAAAGUCCUACAAGCGAGGCGUUUUUGGGACGGGUUCCUUUCUUGAAAACCACGAUGUGCCGAGAUUCCAAUCCAUAACCGGGGACUGGGCGCUAGUUAAAAACGCAAUUACUUGGUCUUUUGUUACAGACGGAAUUCCAAUUCUAUACUCUGGACAAGAGCAAGGUUACCAGGGUGCCGCGGAUCCUAACAAUCGCGAAGCUCUUUGGCUGUCAGGAUACGCAACAGCGAAUAAGACUCUCGUGACCCUCGUCAAAACCUUGAAUAGUGCUCGGAAAUCUGCGAUUACUCUCAACAGCAGUUUUCUGACCACUCCUAUGACGUUCAUCCCUCAAGGAGGCAACCAAGCCAUCGCCAUAUCCAAGCUUCCUAUACUGACGCUGUUAACCAACGUUGGACAAUCGGGCACAGCAACAUGGAAUGUUCCCGGAGUGUUCGAGCCGAAGCAGGCACUUGUUGAUGUAUUGACAUGCAACCAAUUUAUUGUGCCUUCCAAUGGCAAUAUGACAGUGUCCAGCAACGAUGGAUUGCCGAAAGUCUUGAUGCCGUCAACAGUUGCUGACCAGGUUUGUGACCAUGGAGAACAGGAUAUCGCGAAGAAACGACGGCACGGAAACAAGGCACCACUGGCGAACAAAGCCGAGUGGGAAACGUUUGGUAUCACCCUGUUUUUCCUGUUCUCCGGUUGGUUCUUUUAAAAUAUAGUUCGACGCUUCUGUAAUUUCUCGUCUUCUGGGACUUUGUAUACCCUUGGAUCUGUAGCAUCCCAGUGUUGUAUUGUAGCAUUCACAAACCGAUUUUCCUGGACAGGCUGGCCUGGCAAUUCGCUUCAAGUCCAA